AUGGGCAGGCUGAAGCCUAUUGAAAGAGAUACCAUGCUUGGCUUAUCACAUCUGAAGCCAGCUAUUGAAAAUCCCGAAAACUACUACACUGAUUUGAUUAACGAGAUAAAAAAUGUUCUGGACGGCAUCACUGAUAAUAACACUUUCGAGGAUAACGUCAGAAGAAUGUUCGGAAUAAAUGCUUAUAUAACAUUUACAAUGGAUAAACUUAUCAUCGUAAUUGCACGACAGUUACAACAUUUAAUAUCCGAAGAAACCAAUGUGGCAAGUAUGGAUCUGUACAAGAAAUUUCGCUCAGAUCGUCCGUUGAGUGUCAGUGUGGGAGAAAAAAAUGAGGAUGACAUUGAGGAAGCGUACGAGGAAGCGGCACAACAGCUAAUGGCCAAUCAGAAUUGCUUCAAAACACAUUUUUUGCAUAAAAAUCGAUUUGUUACAAUGGAACUGAUCGAUAGCGAUAUUACGGAGGAAAAUGAUAAAGAAGAGGGGCAUGAACAUCGAAGCCGCUAUGUACGCCAUUUUGCUAAGGUAGGGAUUGAUUUUUUUUUUUUUUUUUUUGAAAAUUUUCCUCGUUUUGCCUAUUUUUUUUUGAGUCAAACAAGGGUUUUCCUUGUUUUGCAUAUUUUUUAA